AUUUUUACUUUUCUUACUUUAAAACAACACUAAAUAAAGAUGGCAGUAUUUGGGCAUUUUUACUACAGGCUUUGGCAGGAUUUGGCAGUUUUUUGACCAAAGUUUGGCAGGAUCUGUAAUUUAAAUAUGGUCACCCUGAUCACUAUUUAUAAUUUUAUUAUUUGUGAUAAGAAAUCCUGAUAACUGAUAAGAAUUUUCUUGUUAAUGUUGAAUAAACCUUAAUUAUUACAGCAUAAACUGCGCCUAAAUUAAUUAAAUAAGUUAAGUUUGUCUUGUGUUACUAUCUUUUCGGUGCCGGUUUGUUUAGGUCACUUUUUUAUACGUCUGAACUUUCAAUGCUUGCAAGAUUUGUUAAUUCUAUGCCGAACGGGCUGUCGCAGCGAAUCACCAAACUUUAUUUUCAAGUACUCGUCCGGAAUCAGCGCAACUCCCACAGCGAGCAAGUUUUCCACGAAGGCCGAGCCAUGGACGUCAAAGUAUUGCCGGCUUUACAAGACAAUUAUAUGUAUCUAAUUGUUGAUAAGGCUACAAAAGAGGCGGCUAUUGUCGAUCCUGUGGCGCCAGAAACUGUUUUAGAAGCUGUAAAUGAACAAGGAGUGAAGCUAACGACAGUGUUAACGACACACCAUCAUUGGGAUCAUGCUGGUGGUAAUGAAGAUUUGGUGAAGAAACAUCCAGGUCUUAAUGUGUAUGGAGGUGAUGAUAGAAUUGGUGCCUUAACAAAGAAAGUAACGCACAAUACAAAGUUUAAUAUAGGCAGUUUGAAUGUGGAAUGUCUUUUUACACCGUGCCAUACGUCUGGCCAUAUUUGCUACUAUGUCACUGCACCAGAAGAUAAUGUAGAUCCCGCUGUGUUUACUGGUGACACACUCUUCCUUGGAGGUUGUGGAAGAUUUUUUGAAGGUACUGCUGAUCAAAUGCACAAAGCACUCAUUGAGGUUUUAGGAAGUUUGCCAGACAAAACCAAAGUCUUCUGCGGACAUGAGUAUUCUGUGCAGAACCUCAGAUUUGCACUCAAAGUUGAGCCUAACAAUAGUGACACAAAAAGUAAAUAUGACUGGUGUACAAAACAAAGAGCAGAAAAAAAACCUACUAUUCCUUCAACAAUUCAAGAAGAAAAGCAGUAUAAUCCAUUCAUGAGAGUUAAUGUGCCAUCUGUGAUGGAACAUGCUAAAAGUAAUGAUGCCGUAGAAACUAUGAAAAUUAUACGCCAAGAAAAAGACAGUUUCAAAUAAUUGAGGAUAGGUACCUUUUUAUAUCUUUUCUACUUUAUCGGGAAGUGUAAUAAAAUAUACAAUCCUUUAGGUAAAGUGUAAAAGUUGUUGCACAAUGAUUAUAUUCUUAAACUUAUUAAGUAUGUACCCUUUUUCUAAUAAACAAAAAGA